CCAGAUCCCGCUGUCAGAUAAGGUAAAACCUGAAUACAACUGUGUAUGCAUGAAGGGAGCUAUUGUUGUCUGCUACACGCGGUGGAAUAUUGCAACUGAGGAGUGGUGUUAUUCUUCCUAACUUCCAAGAAUGAGUUGUUUUCAGGAUUUUACAAAUCAGUUACAGCUAUUAAAGAGUCGGGUAUUAAAACAGAACGCGGGCAGAAACAGAGAAGGUCAGCAUCUGGGGGGGUCGGGGGGGAUUCCUCUGGCCAGGAAGCUGUGUUACGCUGUGGGUGGGGUCCCAUAUCAGAUUACUGCAAUAUCUAUAGGCAUUUCUCUGCAGAUCUUCCUCCUAGAUGUUGUGCAGAUGCAGGCCUCCUAUGUUUCCAUGAUUUUAUUUGUGAGUCGGGCCUGGGAUGCUGUGACUGACCCUCUGGUUGGAUAUCUGGUGAGCCGCAGUAAAAGGACACCCAUCGGCAAACUCACUCCAUGGCUGCUUCUUUCCACUCCACUUGGUGUCCUGUCCUAUCUGCUGCUGUGGUUUGAACCACGAGGCUUAAUGUCUCAGCCCCUCAGCGUGCUGUGGUUCCUCACAGCGGCCUGCCUGUUCGAGACCCUCAUGAGUUGCUACAACGUCCCCUACCUCUCACUCAACAUGUUCCUGGGGGGAGAUCAGAGAGACAGAGACUCUGCCACAGCCUACAGAAUGAGUGUGGAGAUGGUGGCGAUGCUGCUGGCUUCUGUAAUUCAGGGUCAAGUUGUGGCUGUGUACAACACAGAGAAGCAGGAGGCUUGUCAACAGCUGGGCCAGGCCCAUGAUCCAUCUCAAAGCACAUCUCCGCCACAAACCGCAUCCCUUCAGGAAACGCAAAAGGCUUUCCUGACCUCAUCCCUGGUCAUGGGCGCUUUGUUUUUCCUCUGCAGCCUGGUUCUCUUCCUCGGGGUGAAGGAGCAGCAGGCCCCUCUCUGCUCUGAUAACAAAGUACGACCACACUAUCUGACCUCGCUGAAGAUGCUGAUAUGCCAUAUUCCUUACCAACGACUGGUGCUUGGCUUUGUGUUCAGUGCUCUUGCAAUGCAGAUGUCCUGGAGUAAUUUUGUACUGUUUUGUAGUCAUGCAGCUGGGCUGGGAGCCCAGUUCCAGUACCUUCUGCUGGCUCUGCUGGGCUCUGCCUGUAUAGCAGUUCCUCUAUGGCAAGCAGUUCUUCUGAGAAUAGGAAAAAAGGCCACAGUUAUCAUCGGACUAUCACUCUUCAUCCCUGCAGUGAUCAUAGUUGCCUGUGUUCCCAGUAACCUGCCAGUCUUCAUGACUAUGUGCAUUCUGAUGGGGUUCAGCAUAGCGACUGUAUUCUUGCUGCCAUGGUCAAUGCUCCCAGAUGUGGUGGAUGACUUUGCCAUGAAACAUCCCUCCUGCAAGGACCUGGAGCCUCUGUUUUUCUCCUGUUAUGCCUUCUGCAAUAAGCUGGCAGGAGGCCUGUCUGUUGGAAUCUCAGCCAUGAUAUUGCAGUUUGCGGGCUACAGAGCGGGUGCGUGUCACCAUGCUGAUGGAGUGGUGAUGGCUCUGAUUGUGCUGUUCUCGCCAGUUCCCAUCGCACUUCUGCUGAUGGGGCUGGUCUUUUUCUGCACCUACCCAAUCAAUGAGCGGCAGCUCCAGGAACAACUGACCACAGUCCACCCAGAAGCUACCUCAUCGUCAUUAUUAUCAUCAUCAUCAUCAUCAUCACCACCAUCAUCAGGCCCAAGAGAAAAUGUAGAGCAGCCAACAGUUCAGCAGCAGCAGCAGCAGCAGCCGCCCCAUGUUGGUGUGACAUCAACUUCACAUUAUAACACAAACACCAACAGAUUGUACAAGUCAAAUUCCUCACCCUGUUUUCAUAGUCAUGAUAAAAAUUGCUCGAUUAAGUCGUCUGCCCGUUCAGAUGUACUCAACCGCCCAUCUACAAAAUACAGCAGACCUAAAUCAGUUGUCCAGUCAAAUGUAAAACCUCAGUGUCAUAAACAGAGACUCGGCUCUCACCAGCGUUCUGGAGAAGCUAACUUGGGGAGAAAUGUUCUUGAAAAUGAUCCAGGGUCUUUCUCUAGCAGGUCAAAUGUGAGAACCAAAGUUUCGUGGGUAUAGUCAAAAACCUUAAAGCGAUAGUUUGAGAUCUUGGGAAAUAUGCCUUUUGACUUUGAGUUUGAUGAGAAGAUUGAUACAUCAUGUCUGUAUGCUAAAUGUGAGGCUACAAAACAAACACCUACCAGCACAAUUACAGCUUCAUAUUUAGUAUACAGACAUGAGAGUGGUAUUGAUCUUCUCAAAAACUUUGGUAUCAAUAUACUGUCAUCUCUAAAAACUAGCUUUUAUAGAUGCACUUUUGAGCUCACUGUUAUUCUUACAUUUGUGGCCAGACUGCAAUUGUUCUAUUUGAUUUGUUUGUUUAUACAAUUCUGUGAAAAAUGUCUGUUUUGGAAAGGAAGCUUUUGCUGUCAUUGUGAUUUAUGUUGCCUUGACUUUUUUGGAAAUUAGAGUAGCUUCUAAAAAACUAGCCAAAAGUAAAGUGAAACUGGAUUUACACUGACUAGGUGGACAGAAACAACUCCAGAUGAAUGAUGUUGCUCUGUAACUGCUGAAUGUGUAAAUAAACUGCUAACAAGUUCACAAUGUCAGUUUUUUUAAAG